UUCUUGAAGAUCACUCCGCGAUGCACACGAUGCAGCGCUUAAGUUCAGCAGCAGAUGACGCGCUGUCUCACUCGCCGAUGUCAUCAAAUGGAGUCAAGCUCGCCACAAGUUCUGACAGCUCAAUCGUCAUGAAACGCAAAUACAGCGAUGAGUUUCUCUCUCUUGGUUCCAUACAAACUUUGAGAAAUAACGAGGUGCGCCCACAAUGUGCUUUGUGCGGGGAAGUGCUUAGUAAUGAGUCUCUCAAAUCAAACAAAUUAGAAACGACAGGUCCUGACCAAACAUCCACAGCAUGACAGUAAAACCCAGGGAGUUCUUUCAGAGCAGGGCUGAAUGCUUCAGGUAACAGUGCCUCGACAGUGGAAAAAUAAAUAGCCAAGAGGGAGAGUGGGGGAGUGAAAGCAGAGAAGGAAAUGAGAGAUUAAAGGGGAGUAAGAAAACCUCUAGCUGUUCUAUGCAAACGUUCGUUACCCACCACUAAGCCACAAUGAGACAGUUUUCAGAGAGGAUGUCUGAAGCGAUCGUCCCAGAAUCCUCAGGGCUGAGGUCAUGUAACGAGUUAUGCCCCUCCGCUCUGCCAUCCUCACCCCCCCUUGCCACAGAGGAUGAGUGUCACCAUGACAACAGAAAGGUGGAGCAGCAGAAACCUGUCAGUAACCAGGGGCAACCAGCCAGGAAGAGAACCAAGGCCAAAGGCAGGUUGGUGAGGAGCAUGGCUGUGUGUGAGGAGUCAUUCCCACCAUCCCCUCCUGACACCACCCAAGACAGCCAGAGCUCUGUUGAAGUCACCAUGCUGCCAGGUUGCCAUGACAACGAGGAGGAAGAGCAGAGCAAAGAGCCAAAUGUGCCCACGCUAAUUAUCUCAGACACCAGUCAGGAAUACACAGACUCUACUGGGAUUGACCUGCACCAGUUUAUCAUCACCACCCUGAACAGCAAUCCCAGGGACAGGAUGAUGCUGUUGAAACUGGAGCAGGACAUGAUCGACUUCAUCACAGACAACGGUCCUUAUAAGAAAUUCCCUCACAUGUCUUCCUACCAUCGUAUGUUGGUCCACCGGGUAGCAGCCUACUUUGGCAUGGAACACAAUGUGGACCAGACUGGCAAAUCUGUCAUCAUCAAUAGCACCAGUAACACACGCAUACCAGAGCAGAGGUUUAUGGACUAUGUCCAGGAGGAGAGAGGAGAGGAGACUCAGUGGAGAACCAUACUGAAGAGAGACAACGCAGAAGACAACCAGGCGAGGCUCCACCCACUACGCGAGGAGAGGCGGAGCAAAUCAAUGGAAGAGAGAGAGGAGGAGUACCAGAGAGCUAGAGAAAGGAUAUUCAACCAGGAGCCUGCCUGUCCCCAGGAGACCAGGUCUAUAGAGGAUGGUAGCCCCUAUGCUGCGACCCAGAGAAGGCAGCUCUUUAGGGGUACCAGGGGUAACUCAGGCUCAAGCCGACAGAGCAGCACUGAGACUGACUAUAGUCGCUAUAGUAACUGGAGCAGCACUGACUCAGGUCGCUAUAGCAACGACCCCCGACCCUGGAGCAGCACAGACUCAGACUCUGCCUAUCAGAGGCCAAACCCCGCCCCCAAGGCCCGACCAACCAAUCACAGCUGGGACGCACGAGAUGACCAUGCCCCCACCACAGGCUCCAACUACCUCACGGUGCCAAUGGAGAACGGGAUUCCACCAGGAAGUAUAUUACUGAACCCACAUACAGGCCUGCCCUUCUUGAACCCAGACGGAAGUCCUGCCAUCUACAACCCCCCCGACCCCCAGCAGCCAACAAGAAGCCAGCCUCAGCAGCAGGCCCCUCUGCCGCAGCAGCCAAUGGCUGGCCACACAGUCCCUCAGGUGGUUCAAUAUUCGUCCGUCUCUUAUCCCCCCCAGCAGUUGCAAUACUCUACGAGCGAGGACCUGUCGUCUCAGUUUGGUCACGUUACUGUGAGCUGUCAGCCAUUGGUGGAAGCUCCGUCUCUAUACCCUCCCUUAGCCUCUCCCACACAGAGUUAUGUCUAUACCGCCCCUCCCCCUCCUCACAACCCCCCCAGCUACUGCCAACCCCCUCCAACUCAGGUGCCUGUGUAUUACUACUCUACUACUCAGUAUCCUACCUCAGCACCCCAAAGACCUGCCACACCUACCCAGGCCAUACAGCCUACAGGUUACUCUCCUGUCAUAGCCAAUCAGCAGCAGACCUACCAGGGGAUGAUGAGUUUGCAGCUGCCUCAGAGCCAAGCCCAAAGAUUGCUGGGUUCUCAUCCACCUGGCUCCUCCCACCCAUGCGGUGUAACACAGGGUGGUGUGGGGGUAUCGUACCCCCAGACUGGUCUCAUGUCGCGGGGUGAGGGGGGUUACUGCUGUAUGGUAUCUCCAACCUGUCCCCCUGGUCCCAUACCCCCUCCCCCUCUACACACCGGCUGCCAUGCCUCCAGCUGUAGCAACAUCAGCAGCCAGGGGUGGGCGGGAAAAUACUAACACACCCCCACCCAACCUGAACUUACAUAACCCCCACCCAACCUAAACUUACAUAACCCCCACCCAACCUAAACUUACAUAACCCCCACCCAACCUAAACUUACAUAACCCCCACCCAACCUAAACUUACAUAACCCCCACCCAACCUGAACUUACAUAACCCCCACCCAACCUGAACUUACAUAACCCCCACCCAACCUAAACUUACAUAACCCCCACCCAACCUAAACUUACAUAACCCCCACCCAACCUAAACUUACAUAACCCCCACCCAACCUAAACUUACAUAACCCCCACACAUAAACACACUUAAUCCCCCCCCCCACCUCUACUUGCACAACCCCACCGGACUGUGUUGAUUGAGAUGCAACCAGUGUUCAAGCUGUUACACACACACAGUAUACCACAGGCAAUGUAUUGUGCCAAAGCUGUAUCAGAGGUACUGUACUGAUUUAAAAGCAUCAUUUAUAUACUCCAGUUGAGUUUUGUAUGGAUAUGAAAUGAUUAUAUAUAUAUAUAUAUACAUAUAUGUAUUGUAGUGUUUGAGCAGAAUAAACUGUGGCUGCUUUGACAGGUCACCUUUCUAACGGC